GCUGCGGGGGCGGGACGGCCGGGCUGGGCCGGACCGGGCCGGCAGCUGCACAGGGACCCGCGGCCGAGCCCGAGUCCCCGGGCAGCAGCAAGCAGCGGGCCGCGUGCGAGGGCUAGCGCCAUGGCGGGUGGGCAUGAACCCUAUAUUGAAAUAUUUGAGCAACCCAGGCAGCGAGGCAUGCGCUUCAGGUAUAAAUGUGAAGGACGAUCCGCAGGUAGCAUUCCAGGAGAACAUAGUACUGACAACAAUAAGACAUUCCCUGCUAUACAGAUUAUUAACUUUUUUGGAAAAGUGAAAAUAAGGAUAACAUUAGUAACAAAGAACGAGCCCUACAAGCCUCACCCUCACGACCUGGUUGGAAAGGACUGUAGGGAUGGCUACUAUGAAGCCGAAUUUGGACCAGAGCGCAGAGUCAUAUCCUUUCAGAAUUUGGGUAUUCAGUGUGUAAAGAAGAGAGAGCUGAAAGAUUCCAUUUCUUUAAGAAUCACGAGAAAGAUCAAUCCCUUCAAUGUGCCUGAAGAGCAGCUGCUCAAUGUCGAUGAGUAUGACCUCAACGUGGUGAGACUCUGCUUUCAGGCUUUCCUCCUUGAUGAUCAGGGCAAUUGCACGUUUGUACUUCCUCCUGUGAUCUCCAACCCUAUUUAUGACAACAGAGCUCCCAACACUGCAGAGCUGAGAAUUUGUCGUGUGAAUAAGAACUGUGGAAGCGUAAAAGGGGGAGAUGAAAUAUUUCUAUUAUGUGACAAGGUUCAAAAAGAUGACAUAGAAGUUAGGUUUGUCUUGAACGAGUGGGAAGCCAAAGGUACCUUCUCGCAAGCUGAUGUACAUCGCCAAGUUGCUAUCGUAUUCAGGACACCAUCAUUUUACCAGGACAUCACUGAACCAGUUACAGUAAAGAUGCAGCUGAGAAGACCUUCUGACCAGGAAGUCAGUGAACCUAUGGACUUCAGAUAUCUACCAGAUGAGAAAGAUCCUUACGGUAAUAAAGCGAAAAGGCAAAGAUCAACAUUGGCUUUGCAAAAGCUCAUGCAGGACUGUGGUUCAAAUGUGUCUGAGAGGCCCAAAACAUCUCCUUUCCGAGUUAUUGCUGGCGAUGGGAGGAUAAUUAAGGAAGAACCGAUCCCGUUUUCACAAACUUCAUCGCUAAUCUCAGCAGCACGAGUUCCAGGAAGCGGCAGUCAAGUUCUGUCCUACUAUCCCUCAGUCCAGCAUCAACCUAGAAAUGUGUCAGCAAUGGGGCCAAUUAAGCAUGAUGAUGCUCUUUCCUCAUGCUGGCAUUCCCAAUGCCCCUCCUCUUCCUCAGGAAACCCAAUGAAUAUGCACCCACAGAACAGUUUUGGGACAGAGGCAUUGCCUGCUAACUCACAAAACAGCAGUUCUCUUUCAGUUCUGCAGGAGAAUAUUCCCAACUGGACAGACGAGAAGGAGCAAAGCUUCUACAGCAGUUUCAUCAGCACAAACGGUAUGGGAACAUCAUUCAUGCCACAGCGUGACAUACAGAAUGUCUCCAGCAGUAGCAGCCAUCAGGCUCACCCUAUAAAUGUCACAGCACCCAGCAUUGUUAACAUGGAGACUGAUGACAUAAGAUGCUCCAGCAUAAACUUUGAAAAGGCCUCAUUUAGUCAAGAUUUGAAUCUAAGUGAUCACAGGCGGCAGAUCCAUCAGGUGCCUCUUACGAAUACGUCUGCAGUAGCUUCUUGCAGCACUUCUUUUAAUUCUCCAUAUAAUUCAUUUGAUCCAACAGCUUACACGUUUAUGGACCCAGGAGUUCUGAACGAAGUGAGAUCAUCCAGCAAUGCUAUUCAGAAUAAUCAGAAUGGGAUUCCAAGUAACCCGUACUACAUUACAGAUGGGGCGCAAGGAGAUGAUGUUUAUAACUCCUCAGAAGUCAAUUUUGAUGCUCUACUGAAAAGCUUUGAUCACUGCAGUCAGGUUGAAAAUUAGCAUCAAAUUUCUCUUAACCAAUCACCAACAGAAGAAAAAUUUUAUCUGUAGUGGCAUAUUCACCCUCAUACUUCCUGCUAACUUCCUGUUGGAACAUUCAUCUGCGCAACCUACUAUGCAAGUUUAAUAUGCAGUUAGGGUUAGUGAUGUCCCAGAAAAAGAAACACUUUGGAAAUAGGGUUUUGUACAUCAAAAGUGCUUCAUAUCCAUUUUCAUGAUGUUGGAAAAGGGCUGCUAGUCCUAAAGGGUUCCUUCAUUCAUGUGGAACUUCAUAUGGAAGUAUGUUUCUUCAUGGGGGGUUAGCUUGUUCAGAAAUAAAUUUGUUUUUGUAAACUUUUAAUUUACGGUGAGAGAGAUUAGCAAAUCAUGGGCUUCUGAACUGAAUAAUCGUAUUUAUGUCCUUUUAGCACUUGAACUAUUUAGAUCAUAGGUGUCAAACUCAUCUAGCCCUGUGGGCCAGAUGAAAGGCAUGGGCCUAGUCUGAUUGAACCCACAGCCCAGCCCCAUGUCCUGGAGCCAGUGCACAGGGCUGGAUCAGUGCAGGUAGCUCAUGCAACAUGCAUGCUGGUCCAGGGCUUUUUCAUGGAGGCAGCACAGGGAACAAGGUGUCUAUGCCAGACUGGUCCUGCACAUUAGCUCUGGUGCAUAGGUCCAGUCUGUGGACCCAAUACAGAUUGGCUUCAGAGCCAGUACGCAGGGUUUGUCUGAGACCCCAGACCAGAUCUUAGGACUCCAUGGCCUGGAUCCAGCCUGCAGACUGUAGCUUUGACAGUCUAGAUUUUGCAGUCUUUUUUAUGCAUACAUUUGUUUCUAAAAUUAGCUUCUGCACUGAUUUUUUUCACUUGCAUUUGUUACAUUGAUUUCAUUUGCUCUCAGGCAAAUUUACUCUUAGACAUUGUAAUGACUAUGUCAUUGUUGGGUAUAUUUAACACAUUAGAAACUUCACCAAAAUGUAUAUAAGUCACGUAGAGCUGGUGUGAAAUGAAUGAUUGCACAAAGCAAUGAGAGAACUCAUUCCAGGUAUACUUUGCACUGUUUUGCCUAAGUCUUACUCUAUUUUUUUUUUAAUCGGGUAAGCCAGGCUGGAGGCUUCAUGAACGGCUGUAUGUUGUUGUUACUGCGAAACACUUUAGCAGCACAGACUGCAUGACUUUGAAUAACAAAGACUAUAUUGGACCACCUUCCCCCACUGCUUGCAGCUUUGUGCUGCCCAAACAAGACAGGUGAAAACGUGCUUGGGAGGCGCUUUUGGGAUGCAUGAAGGUAGUGUAGCAGUUUCUGUUCUACUCUGCCACUUCGUGAUAGAGAUGGAAUGGCCCCAGUGUACUUGUACUAUGGCAGGGAUGUUGACGCUAGGCCGUUCAGAGCCCCAUUGUUGGCCCUCAGUGCUGCCCAUGGUUCCAGCCCUCAGUGCAGCAUGUAUUGGCUCCAACCUCUUGUGCUGCAUGUAGCACAUGGAACCCGUCUAGCAUGGAAUAAAUAUGGUGCAGGGCCUGGAGCCAGCCUGCUAGACCAGUCUGAGGCAUGUGCUGCAUGUGGCACCCACCCUAGACAGGCCCUGCUUGCUAGAUCUAGGGCCAUUCAGGACUGGGCCCUCUAUAGUGGAUCAAGGGCACAGAGCUGGUUUGGCACAGGUGCCCUGCAUGUUGUACAUUGGGCCAGGACUGGUGCAUGCUGCAUGCAAGUGUGCAGGAUUGAAGCCAGGGUAUUUUCUGCUAGCAGCAUGCAGGGCCAGUCCAAGGAGCACACUUAACCUGGUGCCCAUGCCAAAUUGACCCUGCACACUGGAUCUGGCACGCAGGCUGAUCUGUGGGCCCACUUCAACCUGCAGACCAGCCCAUGCCCUUCAUCAGGCCCAUAUGGCUGGAUGAGUUUGGCACCCCUGCACUAUGACAAUUCAGGACCAUCCCGAUCACCACUAAUUGAGACCCUGCACAAAGGGCUGAAACAGUGGCAGAAAGCACUCUUAAUCCAAAACUCCAGAAGUCUGCAAGCACAACUUGUUGGGGGUUGUUUCAUAGUGUUCUCAAAAGACACUGUGUUUUGUGUGGUGUUUGGGUUUUAGGAUUUUUCUUUUUAAAACAAUGAAAGCACCAAAUAUACCAAUACAUUUUUCUUAAGCUACAGAAACAACAAGGUUUACAGGCAGUCACAGAACUUGUACAAACUGGAGGAGCAUUUAAUUACAAAUACCUUGCUAUUCAGUCUUUAAAAUGAGCAAGGUAAGAAUGGAGGGCCACAUACUUGGCCCUCCAUUACAUUACAUUAGUGGAAUAACUGUGUGAGUAACUAUUGGAACAACUUGGCAUUUAUGUUAGUACAAAAAGGCAGAACAUGGCCCUAAUCAAAUCUAACCAGCAGACUGGAAAACAACAGGUCUCACCAACUCCUACUUUGAGGGAUAGAAGCUGUUAUGUACCACUUGCCCUGCAAUGGAAGCUUCCAAUACAGAUAACAGAAGUGGUGUAAAUGUGUUUCUGGAGGUGUUUUAGAUGGUAGUGGAUACACACUCCUCAGACUUACAGAAUAUUCAGGGAAUCCUCUAAUAGCCCCAGUGUGAUGCUGCCUUUAGCUUUUCUAGAAUAUUUUUUAUGAAAGGGAUAAAGACAUUAUUACUAGUUAUAAAAACGAAGGACUAUAGAGAGCAGAAUAAAGCUUAAUCACCACAUCCAUGUGUUAAAGUUCUCAGUUCACCUACAAGUGUAUCUGUUAACAUAUUAUUUUUAUUUCAAAACUUCAUAAUGGUAUGAUUUAUUUUGUUGUGUACAAUUAAAAAAAAAAAACCUGCUGAAAAUA